AUCUGUAUCGCUUUUGGGAUUUCUCAGGUUUUGCAAAAUCCCCAAUUUCUUAAACCCUACCACCACCGUAAGAUGGACAUGGAGGGCUUAUCGGCGAUCUGCGCCGGCCUCGGAGUGGUCGAAGAGGACCGAGACGGCAAUCGGAUCGGGUACUCAAAGGGAGAGUAUUGCUUAGAUAAUUUGAAAGAUUUGCUGAGGUUUUUGAGGCGCGAUGAUCCGCAGAAUCGAGACGUGUUUAAGCAAGUCUGCAAAUGGAAUACUGUUUCUAAAGAUUUGAUUCCCAUUAUUGAACAUUGCCAAGAAGAUCGUAACUUAGUUCUAAAUGCAGUUAAAGUUUUGGUGUUCCUAACUAUGCCAAUUGAGCCAUCAUCAAAUGACAUAUCAGAUCAGAUCGAGUAUUUAUGGCGUUUCAAGUCUUCAAUUACGUGCAGUGACAUUGUAGCAGUUAUAGUAUCACUUCUGGAAAGCCCACUGGAAAAUCUGGAACGUGAUGCAUUAACAGAGGAUGACUGGAAAUUGGUGCAGCUGAUACUUACUUUAUUCAGAAAUAUUUUGGCCAUUCAAGAAAUCUCACUGCAGCAGAAGGCUGGGGGAACUGCCAGUCACUUUAUAUCACUAAGAGAUAAAUUUUUGGAGCUUUUAUUCCGUGAGAAUGUUAUGGACUUGAUUAUAGUUAUAACCCAGCAUUUUGGUGGCUAUCUUCGUAAUGAUAACUUGCUUUUGUUGGAUAUUUUUCAUUACGCUUUUAUGGGUCAAGAGCCAGAGUUGGUUGCUAAAGCACAUCUAAAAGGUCCUAAGGCUGAUGAAAACUCCAAAGCUUCUCUUAACAGUCUCAAGUCUAUUAUGGAAGAGGAAGAGGAGAAGAGAAAACUUUCCAGAGUCCGCAACUUGGUCCGUCAUUCGCAUUUUAUUGGAACAUUUUCUCGGCUUACCAUGGAUGGUUCAAAGGCAGUUUUCAAUGCAAAGCCUACUUCUGUUUCCCGUGAUACCCUUAUUAAACCACAUAAAGUUCAUCGUGGUCCCACUAAAAAAAUUGCAUGGGAUCAUGGGAUAUUGCCUUCAUCAAAGGAUGAAAUUCUGAAACUACUUCAUGAUUUUGUGAACCACUUUUUAUCAGGGGGAGGAUACAAUGUUUUAAUGCAGUUGCUCCGCGAGGAUAUUGAAAAGGAGCACCACUCGGUACAACAGAGUGAUGUCAUUGUCUUCUUUCAGGUUGCUCAGUUUGUCACUUCUUUUCAGUAUUACAAGUUUUUUACCUUUAAGCCAAACAUCGGAGCAGAUACAUCUGAAGUUCUUGAUGAUGCGCAUGCUGAUAAGACACAUUUUGGAGGGGAUAUGUGUGGACCUAUUGCAGCAUCAAUGAAUGAAUCGAUGUUUCAGUUAGUCUUUUCACAUUGGCGUAAUACAUUUGAAGGCUUAAAGGAAACACAUAACUUUAAGUUCCUGUCCGCAGCUGGUUCUCUUAUGAAAAAUAUGAUUUGCAUGCUAGAUUUGGUGCUUACGGUACUACCAGAGGACUCUAAAGAGUCACAAACAGCUCGCAUCCUUCUUUACAAGUUAUUUUAUGAUCAAACUGAUCAAGGGUUGACUCAGUUCCUCCUAAAUUUGCUCAAAUCAUUUGACACUCAUAAGCAGGCCAAAAGUGAUCUCGAAAAUUUGACGGAGAUGAUAUGUAAAGUUCUUCAGCUCAUGGAGAAUCUCCAAGCGCGUGGAACACUAAGGGUUUCUAAAAAAUCCAGGAAAGGGAGAAAGAAGAAAGCGUUGAAAGAUAAGGAAACCAAAACUGUACUCACAGGAGAACCUUCCUCCAUUCAGAGUGAGAAUGGGGUUUCUAAUGGUGAGCAGCCAGCAGAAAUGGGUGAUACGCACAAGGAUAUCCAAAAUACGAGUUCUGACGGUAACCAAGAGACCAUUAACCCUGCUCAUAUUGAUAAAUGUCAAGGGUCAGUGCUGGAGACAGAUGUCAUUGGAAACCAAGAGACCAUUAACCCUGCUCAUAUUGAUAAAUGUCAAGGGUCAGUGCUGGAGACAGAUGUCAUUGGAAACCAAGAGACCAUUAACCCUGCUCAUAUUGAUAAAUGUCAAGGGUCAGUGCUGGAGACAGAUGUCAUUGGAAACCAAGAGACCAUUAACCCUGCUCAUAUUGAUAAAUGUCAAGGGUCAGUGCUGGAGACAGAUGUCAUUGGAAACCAAGAGACCAUUAACCCUGCUCAUAUUGAUAAAUGUCAAGGGUCAGUGCUGGAGACAGAUGUCAUUGGAAACCAAGAGACCAUUAACCCUGCUCAUAUUGAUAAAUGUCAAGGGUCAGUGCUGGAGACAGAUGUCAUUGGAAACCAAGAGACCAUUAACCCUGCUCAUACUGAUAAAUGUGAAGGGUCAGUGCUGGAGACAGAUGUCAUUGGUGGUAGCCUGCUAGAAACGGAGGUCAAGAAUUCUGGCCAUGCAAACGAUGAUCUCUAUGACACCGGUGAUUCUUCUGGUGAUGAGCAGGAGGCCGUGACUGAUGAAGUUGAUUUCAAUGCAUCAACUUUUGUUUCUUCUUUUGCCAGCAACAAUAUCAUUCAGAAACUGUGUUGGUUGCUUAAGUUUUAUAAGAGUAAUUCCACAAGUACAAAUGAUUACAUAAUAAGAAUGCUGCGAAGGAUCAGUGAUGACCUGGAGCUCUCCCCAAUGCUGUAUCAGCUAUCACUCCUCACAACAUUUUACGAUAUCCUGGCUGAGCAAAAAUCAUGCCCAUCUAAAGAAUAUGCAAAUAUUGUUAAUUUUCUGACGAGUUUGGUAAGAAAAAUGCUUAAGAAAAUGAAAAAUCAGCCCCUUCUUUUCGUGGAAGCUCUCUUCUGGAAGACUCGGAGAGAAUGCCAUUACAUUAAUGCUGAAUAUUUACUGCAUGAGCUUGGCCACUACAAGAGAGAAAGUAAGAACUGGCAAAAAAAUUUCGGGAAUGUAGGUAUUGGCUCAUCACAGGACAAGGAAUGGACUCACAGAAGCAUAGCAGAUGCACUUGGUGAUGAUGAAGCUGAUGUUGUGAUCACACACGACCUGGGCAAUAAUAGUGAGGAAGAGAUUGGCGAAUUAAAGGGAAACACUUCAUCUACUUUAGAUGGUGGGUUUGAUGGACAAGAAAGUAAUAACAAUGCGAAGAAGGCCGUGGAACAUGCAUCUGAAAGAGUUGCUAAGAUAAAGAAAAGAAUUGUUCUUGGCAGUGAGCUGGAUGAGAAAAUCAGGAAUCUCUAUGAGAAAUUCAAGGAUAGCCAGGAUUGUAGUCAACUUAUAGCAGAAGAUCUAGAUUCCGAUGGUAGAGUUUCAUCGCUUCAAGUUUCUAAGAAGCUUAAACAACUUGGACUUAAACGUGCAUCAAGAAAAAGGUUACGCCGUGCUGAUGUACCUAGUUCUUUUGACCCUGAUAAACUUGACGGAGAAAAAAAUGGGGUGGAGACAGUUGGUACUCUUGGUGACUCAAACGAUUUGGAGAAAACUUUAUUGAGCCAGCCUGCGCAUGCAAGAAAAAGAGUUCGUGCCUUUAGUGAAGAUCAGGAAGCAACCAUUAGAACUUUGUAUGAGCAAUAUAAAGAUCACAAGAGGUGCAGCUACAUGAUUGCAAAUGCACUGGAUGCGGAUAAUAAAUUCACAGCUUCUCAAGUUUCUCGUAAACUUAAGCAGCUUGGCUUAUGUAUUCCUCGUCAGAAGAGAUCUCAAACCAACAUACGUUUGAGGGAUGAUGAUCUUAAUGACAUUUCUGCGGACAAAGUGAAUGACUCUGAUGAUGAGACAUUACUAUCAUUGAUGAACGGGAGAAAAAAGAGGGAGAAUGGCAGACUAUAUAGUGAGGACGUGGGGGGACAUAGUGUGGGUGGAAAGUUAUCCGAAGAUGAUUCACAUAAUGAAAUGCUAGCGUCUAUUAUAAAGAAAAAACGGUUACCCCUCACUAAGUCAAAGGUUGUGAAGCGGGCUGACAUAUCGAUUGAGGGGGCAGCAAGUGAGGAUGGUUUGGGAAAUGGAGCUGAGGAAGGAGUUGAAGAACGGUCCUCCAGCCAACAAUCUGGCAUGUCGGAGCCUGGAGAACCGAAUAAGGGUGUUGCUAGCAACACUGUAAGUCUGGAUGACAACAGAGAAACUGAAGAGAAC